GACGGCGUUCCGCGUUGAAGCGGUAGGGAAUGUGGGAGGUGAAGGAGGCAGGGGGGCGAGGCACCGGCGACUUACACUGACAGCGCUUUUCUUUUCCUUUCCUUUCUAUUAUUAUUAUUGUUUAUUUGUUUCUCCCUUCUCUUUCCUCUCUUCCGUUAUACUUCAACGACUAACCGCCUUUCACCUGGCCGUGUUGCUGCCCACGCGUGAGGCGUUCUUUGCUCUACCCCCCUUUUUUUGGCUUUACAGUUCCGGUGGGUGAAAUCCCUUCUUUUUCUUUUACACGCCUGCGCUGUCGCCGCCACUCUACUGAAAUCUCUUUUGCGUUCCUUCCUGUGGCCGUCGUGGGAGGCCGAUGCUGGGCUGCCGGUGCUGCCCCCCUUCUUUUUCUUUCUGUUCUCCGAAACAUACACACACACACACACUCACGCGGAGUGACACGUAUAUAUCUAUAUCUAUUUCUAUCUAUACAUGCACGGACAAUAAACCACCCCAUUAUAUGCGGCAACCGUUUUUAACUCGCCGGCUAUAAGAAGAGCCGGUUCUGAAGGCGCCAAACGAAGAGAAAACGAGAGUCAGGGUUGAUGUCGACUUCGCUGCAUUCGAUAAAGCAGGGACAUUAAAUGGAGACCGUGGGAAAAAGAAAGACACAGUUUGGUACUGUUGGUGGUGUUGGGCUCCGUCCCGGAAGAGCGGCAGGGCACCCGAAAUUGAUGGGCUCUCCUCACGUGCUCUGCGGUGGCUGCUAUGGAUGCGCUUACGAAACUUGGAGUUUAUGAAGAGUGGUCUUCGGCGGUUCUUCUUCGAAGGCACACGCAAACAAACCAAAGAAGAAGAAAAAAAUGAUCACUCCCGCAUUUUCAUCUCGUCUUACUCUCACACACGUCGUAUUUCGCCCUGACGGACUGCAGUUCAUGUUUACGUGACGGCCCAUCUCUUUCUCUGCUUUCCCCCUUUUUCCGUUUUUCUCCGGAAGACGCAUUGCUUCCUUUCGGGCGCUUCACCGGUGACGUUGACGACGACCGCCCCCGCACGCAGGGCCGGCAGCCGCACAGCGCAACACAGACGUUUGACAAAGCCUCCUCGACUACGAAAAAACCCCAAUUGCAAAUACAAGUACACCCACUGCUAAGAUGCUCAACUGUUUCUUUGGAGCGGAGCUGAAGCCGGACGGGGUGGCGGUAAACUUCACGGUGCCGAGCGGGUCGUCGCUCGUCAUCACGCAGUGCGCCGUCACCAGCAUCGUACCGCCCCGUCCUGUUGAGCCGGAAGGCGCGGCGGACGCCUCGUCCUCCCCGGUGCCUGCCGUGGCCGCCACAGCAGGCGUCUCCACCUCCGCAUCUGCCGCGUCUCCCUCCACUGCCAACGCGUACAGCCCGGUGACGCUGUGCGUGCAGGGCCACGGCAUGCCGACCCGCUUCGCAGUCUGCACCUUGUCCCCUGCGCAGCAGAUCACCUACUGCCCUCUGCAGCUGAUCUUUUCGAAGCCGGUCUCCUUCUCCUUGGUGCCGCAGACGGUGCCCAUCGCUUCUCCGGGAGCGGCGGCAACUGCAGCAGCCGCGGCGACGGCGGCACCGCCUACGCAACUGCGCCAUUUUGGAAGAAAGAGCCACCGCCAGCAGAACAGUGAAAAGGCGGAGUUGGGCGGGGCUGCUGCGACGGGGGGCGCUGCUGCGGCUGCUGCGUACCCGACGGUGCAUCUGACCGGGUAUUACGAGCAGGCGGCCGAUGACGACGAAAUGGAUGAUGGCGGCAUCGCCAUGGAGAUGAUGGAGGGGGACGACUCCUCUGACGACGAUGAGUAG